UGAGCCUCCAUUGAGGUCAAUUCCAGGUUUUUGGGGACAUUGAUGUUGCCUGUCGCACCUUUGGAAGAUUCCGUCCAUCUAGUCCCCUAUCUCUCUCGACAGACGGCCCAUCGCCAUCGCCCGCAAUGCCGCGCACUCGAUCCUCCGCUCCUUCGGAGCCUCCGCCGCAAUCAGCUUCAACUUCUCCAUCAGAAUCCGACCGACAAACCAAACAGCCAUUGAUGCCUAUCAAACCCAGCAAGACAUUUAUCUUGCCCUCCACAGUUAGCCCCGAAGCCCGCUUUCUCACCCUUCCCAAUCCGCAAACCUGUGAACCCACCCGCUACUUCUUCUGCCCGAAACAAGGUGUCUACGAGUUCACCUCCAUCACCUCCACCUCGUCUUCCCCGCGAAGUAUUCUGUUUGCGCACAACUCCCCCGCCAGUAAUCCUACGAAGACACCGGACGACAUCAGUGACACCACAUCCACCCAACCCGAAGAGCCCGCGCAUCCCCCAUCGUCGAUCUCGCAAAAUGCAGCGAUCCACAUCGCCACUCCUCUUGACUUCAUUUUCUUCCUCAUACCCCUCCUAACCACCGCCAAAGCCACCCUCUACCAACCCCUCGACGAUGUCAUCGACUCCAUUCAAGACGAACUCGCCCCUCAUCUUCGUUACGUUCUCUACAACGAGACCUUCCGCGACACUCUCCACGCCCGAGCAGCUGCAAUCUGUGAUGCUGUUGAAGCAGGCGACGAGAGACUGUUUCGGUUCAGUGAGAAGAAGCUACUCUUGGAGCUAGUGACAAAGGCAGAGAGGGUUCUUGCGGUCAAUGGGGACAAACUGCCUCCCAGUCUGGAAGAGAAGUUCGUGAGGAGUGCGCUGGCGAUGCCAUUAAUGGGCGUAAAGAGAGAUACUUCUUCUACUGUGAAGGUGGAGGUAGUCGUCCCAAGCGGUGGUGGGGAGAACAAAGAGAAUGAACUCGAAAGCAAGAAGAAUGCCUUAAAUGCUGAGGAGGCGCAAGAUGACACUGCUUGCGCUGUAACCUCAAGCGUCACCGUAGAUACAGAAGAAACACUCCACGAAGAAUCAUCUACCCCGGAUGGCGUGGCGGAGCUACUGCGCUUGUCGACCGCGUUGACCUUUAUCAAGGAGUCGUACCUGUCCAAAGAGCUGGCCGCGAGGGUCGAUGAGAUGUUGGCUGCUCCUGACACACCGAAAAACUUCCAGCCCAUGCGGGAGCAUCUUGAGCUUAUUGCGCAACUGAGAAAGGAGGCACUGGCCGCACGGUCGCUGGGAGAUUUUAGCCGGAAACGCAGUGCGGAGGACGAAGAGGCGGCCGAGACUCGAGCAGAGAAGAAGAAGCGGCAGGAAGAAGAGGAGAAGAAGAAGAAAGCUGGUGAGUCGAGAGGCGUAAGGGACUUGAAAAAGGUCAAUACCACGGGAAUGAAGAAGAUGAGUGAUUUCUUCGGCAAGGCAGCAGCGAAGAAGAAGAAGACCUAGUCGGAUUGCCUGAUCAUGUUUGGCAUAGUUGAGGCGUUAUCUGGAUCCUGGAUAGGGUUUUAUGUAUGUGGUUUUGGGAUAUCUAUAGAUCGAUGUGCAAGCGGUGGAU